GAAAUACGUCAUUCAGCCGCAAUGACUUCUGGGUGUUGUAGUUCUACGUGUGGACUGGCUGCUUGAUUGUAGUGCUUCCUAAUGAUUGGAUGUUGUGGGACCUUUUUAAGACGGCGACUUCUCAUUCGCCAGCCUGGAGCAGUUAAGUUUGAAUUUGGUGGCGGCGGUCGCCUGUCCGGUUAGCCCCAGAGCCGAUUUCCUCGCUGGUGGAGCGGAGAGGUUUUUCCUCGCUCUUGUUUUGGGACCUGCAGCCUCCACCGAAGCACCAUGGCUCCGGCUAGGAAGGGCAGCAGUCGGUCGACUAAGACCAAUUCGUUGCGGAGCCGGAAGCUCGCCUCCUUUCUCAAGGACUUCGACCGUGAAGUGCAAAUCCGAUACAAGCAAAUUCAGUCAGACAGGCAGAACCUCCUCAAGGAGAUGGAUAACCUGUACAACAUCGAGAUCCUGCGGCUCCCCAAGGCACUGCGCGAGAUGAACUGGCUCGACUACUUCGCCCUUGGAGGAAACAAGCAGGCCCUGGAAGAGGCAGCAACAGCUGACCUUGAUAUCACAGAAAUAAACAAACUAACAGCAGAAGCUAUUCAGACACCCCUGAAAUCUGCCAAAACACGAAAAGCAAUACAAGUGGAUGAAAUGAUAGCAGAAGAAGAAGAAGAAAAUAAAAACAAGAAUUUACAAACUACAAGAGUUAAAAGGUGUCCUCCAUCCAAGAAGAGAGCCCAGUCCAUACAAGGAAAAGGCAGAAGCAAAAGGUCAAGCCGUUGUAACACUAUUACCCCAGCUAUGAACCGACUGGAGUUGUCUAUGAUAAAACCAACCCCAGGCGUGACACCCAGGUUUGAUUCAAGAGUCUUCAAGACCCCAGGCCUGCGCACUCCAGCAGCCAGAGAGCGGAUUUACAGUGUCUCAGCGAAUGGCAGCCCCCUUGCCGACAGCAAAGAGAUUUUCCUCACAGUGCCAGUGGGAGGCGGAGAGAGCAUGCGAUUAUUGGCCAGUGACCUGCGGAGGAUCGAUAUCACGCAACUGGAUCCAGAGGCCUUGGGAAGCAUUAAGAAGCUCUCUAGCCGUCUUGCCCAAAUCUGCAGCAGCAUACAGUCCCACAAAUGAGGCUGCUAUUCCAAGAAGCCAAACAGGAUGAACCUUUAAUGGGCACUUCUUGGACCCUCAAGAGACCUCUUCCCUUCAGGCUUAUUGUUUAUGAUCCUCUUGGGGACUUCAGGGAGAGGGAGAGCAGGAGACACAGUUCCCCAGUCAUUAGAUAAAGCUUUGCUACCGUUUCUAGCCUCAUGCCUCCCAACCCCGGUGACCCCGGACACUGCCUGCUGUGUCUCUGAAAUCAGAACUUCCUGUCUUUUGCCAGCUGAAUCCUCCUUCCUGCCCUCAGAGCCACUGCCUCCUGUAAGUCAGCAUCCACUCUACCUUGCCCCCCACCUCCAGUGGAGGCGGAUGGAAGAACCUCAUGUUCGUGCAAGACCGCCCACGCCCCUCUCUCAUCAGAGAGCACUCUGCAUCUACUCUGUGUAUGCUUGAGGCUUGGGAGGUUUAGAGAAAUGAGCGCCCCAGGCCAUGGGAGGGCAGGUCCAGGAAGCUGGGAGGGACUGGACAAAGCAGGCCAGGGCGGCAGAACAGGACAUGUCGCAGCAGUGACCACAACAGUAGGAUGUAUACACCCCUCCCACAUCCACCCCCUUUCUCCCUCUGCGCUGGAUGCUAAAUGGGGCGAUGGACUCUCACCUGCUGUGCCUUGGGAGAGUGCUAUCUAUUUAUUCCUGUUUACUGAAGACCAAAAAUUCGUUUGGAGGCAGCUUCAUCUUGCUCCUCUACCUCUUUAGCGAUGGGACUCUGGGUAAGGGAAUUGGUGGGCUUAGUCUAGGGUUUUUAAGUGACUGGCCACAGAGUAACUUUUUAAGCCAUCCAUGGUCCAGUGGUCCCUGCCAGGUCUGUUGGGAGCAAAUGUAACUUGUCUGGUGGCCAUAUUCCAUGUUUCGCCUGCACCCUGGGCGUGGACUAGUUAUACGACGGUCAGCAGUGAGAUCCUUGUGUUCCAGCCAGCCUCUCUGCCACAAAGAAUCAUGGGAUGUGUUCCAAGAGUAUGGGAACUGAGAGUCCCCACCACAGGUACACCACUUUUCUCAUGAAUGGCUCUUCGUUGUACUCUGUAUUAUUUUGCUACAUGACCAUUCUAGUAAACCAAUCUCGUUCAAGUUGUAUUCUUCCAAGUUGUUUUAGUCUCCCUUUCCCAAGACUUGUACAUACUGUCUUCCCGAGUAAUGGUAUCUCUAAGUUGAUUUGUUCUUAUCAGAGCUACUGAAAGUUACUGUUUUCAAUAAAUUCUGGGUUUUUAUUGA